AUAAUCUAUUUUUGUACGGGUAAGACACAAUGUCGCUAAAAUUAUUUACAGUAUUUUAUUCUCCGAACGUACGCACUUACACAUAUCGCUCGCACUUGGAUACACAUUGAGUGUGUACUGAAAAAGUAAUGCGUACAAUAAUUUAAUGACCAGCUAUUACAAGUCUUUUUGUGUAUAUACGUCACUAUAUAAUAUCCGCAAUUAUCUCGAAAUAUCAGUCAAAGAUCACAAAUAAAUGAAUAAAUAUUUUGUUCACAUCUGUGAUGUAAAUUGGACCAAUUAGACAAAUUCGCGAUCGCGAUGAGUAUACACAUAUGAUUAAUUACAAAUAUAAUACAUAUGCGAUAUACAUGCGCAUAUUUGACUAUAGAGAAUUUCUGGCCAAUCUUUUUAUCAAGUAUGCCACAAUGCCGAUUGCUGCUAUCAUUAUUGACUGCUACUGAUAUUAUCGACUGUUAAUUUGAUGCAAGUUCAAACUUUGUCAACGAGAAUUCCUGAAACGAAUUUAAAAACCGUGAUGUAAAACGGUAUAUUAAUUACAGAUUAAUAACCAUAAUUCACUUAUUACAUAACUUACGGGCAUACAUGUAUAGAAUAUACAUGAAUUGUCAAGUUAUUUAAUUAAUUAUAUUAGCAAAAAAUUGUGAGCGAGAGUUAUAAAAUUAUUUAUGUAUACAUUACUUGCGUACACACUUUUAAUAAUAUUGUUACACUUUAAAAUUUUAAUGAAUAAUAUAUAUCUAUAGCAAUGACUCAUAUAUAGCUUCAUAUUUAGCUGUUUUUUAACACAAAAAUUUACACAACUCGAAUCAUUUUACUUUUGAUAUAUAAGGAAAUUUAGAUCAAAGCCUAUGAUAAGUUUUCGCGUUGACAUCACACCGUCGCUAUCUUAUCGGAAUAAUGCGUUGACAACGCAAGAUUUAGUACGACUAUAAAAAGAUCUUACUAUCCCUUUAACAUCUUGUAACAUCUCUUUACAAAUAUCGUUGUGAAAAUACACUCUAUAAAAUUAUGCAAAAUUGUAUUUUAUAUACGCACAUAUUAUAUUAUGCCAUCUGAAUUAAUAUUAACAAAAGCUGAUAAGUAUCAUAUAGGAUAACGUCGCACGUGCCCUUUUUACAACUUUUCGUCUUCGAUUAAUUUCGCCUUUUCACGGGAGCCAGUAUUCUCAGUCUCUUUGAGAUACUGUAUUAACUGUAUUGUAUAUACUGUAAUUUGUUCGUAAUAAAAUAUUAUAAAUAUUAAUCUCUCCGUCUCCUUUAUUAUGAUAUUAAAAAUAUACAAUAAAGCAGAUAAGGUCUCUCGCGUAAAUUUUUCAGACUUGUAGCUUCGCUACAUUACUGCAUCCUACAUGUAUAUGUGUGUGUACAAAAUCUUUUAUCAGAAAAUACUUUGAUAGAAAUAUGUCGUGUUGCAUGCAUGCGACGAGUUAAGUCAGUUAAUAAAUUAAUAAUUUGAUUAAUGCAUUGUCGACAAAUACGACGGCUAUAAAGACGAUAGCUCUGUUCUAGUACCAGUUAUUUCUAUUCGACAGCAUACGGCGAUAAGUUACGGGAGAAGGAUGUCUAAUACCAUCGUACAAAUAAAACCGUGUCUUGAAACAAAGACUCUUACUGAUGUUGUUAUCAAGAGUAAUAAUAGCAUUUACAAAUUGCUCUCGUUUGAAGAAGUGAAAGAAGUAACAAAACUCAUAUUAAACGACAACGUCGCUGUAAUAGAAUACGCCAUUCGACCAUAUUCCGACGGCAAACUCGGAUUUCUCGGCUCUCAUUAUCGUUUCGAUGUAAUAGCUUCAACAAAGAAAGAGGAAACCAUCGCUCUCUCGCUCUUUCUCAAGACUAUACCUUACGAAGUGCCCGAGCAAGCCGAUUAUGUGAUAAAGAAGGGUGUCUUCCAGAAUGAGAUCAAUUUUUACGGUGUCAUAAUGCCGCUGCUCUGCGAGGGAUAUCGCGGAAAGCCAUGGGCGCCAAUGUGCUACAAAGUGACAAACAAUUUGAUGGUAUUCGAAGAGUUGGGCCGUAAGGGUUACUCGACGCGAAACAAGCUCUUCGACGAGACGCUCGUACGCGCGGGUUUAAGCGCUAUCGCGCGGCUGCACGCCGCUUCUUUAUUAUCAGAGGCGCGACUCGACGUACCCCUCAAUCAAUUACAUCCCGACGCUUUCACGGAGAAAGGUUUCGCUCGUAAUGAGAUGACGCGAAAAUGGAUGGAACCGGGUUUUGACGUAGCCGCGGCCGUAGCCGAAAAUCAGGGAUAUGAUCCUCAUCUGGUACGCGCGGCUUGCGAAAAGAUAUAUGACAUUACGGAGCCAUCAUGCACAAAGACAAACGUGGUCAGUCACGGGGAUCUCUGGGCCAACAAUCUUAUGUUCAAUAACGACGUACCACCUAAUUGUUUGCUAGUAGAUUAUCAACUAUCGAGAUACUCUCCCUUGGCGCAUGACGUUGCGCAGUUUUUGUAUCUGUGCACGGAUCGAAGUUUCCGAGAAGCGCGGGAAAACGCGAUGCUGCGGCACUAUUACGAAACAUUAUGCGAAAUCCUAAAUGCUCACGAGACGCCCCAAAAACCCGCCUGGUCAGAAGUGGUCGAGGGUAUGGAAGAACAACGUUUGGGUGCCCUUAUUACCGCGGCACUCUACUUUCCUACGGUUUUGAUGAACGAAAGUCUCGGUGCGCAAAUCAUGAACGAUUCGGCAUCUUACACCGAAUAUUAUUUUCAAGAUAGAAAAAAGUUUGUCUUGUCGAACAUGAAGAAAGACUCGAUCUACGAGAGAAGGAUUAACGAAGUCGUCAUCGAAAUAGCUGAGCUUGCUUCGCGAUUAGAUCAAUUACCGAAACCAUCUUAAAAUCAAACAUGU